AUGACCACUAACGUGUGGUUGUGGCAGGAGUGGGUCGAUUAUAAACUGCGCUGGAACCCACAGGAUUAUGGUGGUAUCACUUUCAUCCGGGUUCCUUCAGAGAGCAUUUGGCUGCCUGACAUCGUGCUAUACGAGAAUGCUGAUGGAAGAUUUGAGGGAUCACUAAUGACCAAAGUCAUUAUAAAAUAUAACGGCGCUGUCACUUGGACCCCUCCAGCCAGCUACAAAUCGGCCUGCACUAUGGAUGUGACGUUCUUUCCAUUUGACCGGCAGAACUGCUCGAUGAAAUUCGGCUCAUGGACUUACGAUGGCACCAUGGUGGAUCUAGUUCUCGUAAACCACCAGGUGGAUCGCAGCGACUUCUUCGACAAUGGCGAGUGGGAAAUUCUGAGCGCCACAGGCACCAAGGGCAGACGGCAUGACGUCACACUGACAUACCCCUUCAUCACUUACUCCUUCAUUCUGAAGCGUCUCCCUCUCUUCUACACCCUCUUCCUCAUUAUCCCCUGCUUGGGUUUGUCCUUCCUCACAGUUCUGGUGUUCUAUCUUCCAUCAGACGAAGGCGAGAAGGUGACGCUGUCCACAUCUGUGCUCGUCUCGCUCACCGUGUUCCUCCUUGUCAUUGAGGAGAUCAUCCCAUCUUCAUCCAAGGUCAUCCCACUGAUCGGCGAGUACCUGCUUUUCAUCAUGAUCUUUGUCACCCUGUCCAUCAUAGUCACCGUGUUUGUCAUCAACGUGCAUCACCGGUCCUCAGCCACCUACCACCCGAUGGCACCGUGGGUACGUGCGCUCUUCUUACAACGCCUACCCCAGCUGCUGUGCAUGCGCACGCACACAGAGCGAUACCUUUACCCCGAACUGGAGCCGCACAGCCCCGACUUCAAACCGCACAUAAGAAAAGCCCCACCAGGCCCCAAGGGUGAAGGUCAGGCUCUGGUCAACAUGCUGGAGAAGGCCACUUUCUCCGUCCGUUACAUUUCACGUCACAUCCACAAGGAAAAUUUCAUCAGAGAGGUGGUGCAGGAUUGGAAGUUUGUGGCUCAAGUUUUGGACAGAAUCUUCCUCUGGGUGUUCCUCAUUGUUUCAAUAUUAGGCACCAUCCUCAUCUUCACUCCUGCUGUAAAGAUGUAUAUACUCUCUUCAUCUUCUCCUUUAGCCCCUUAG